CUGUUUCAGCGCUACACUACACAGACUAUGCCACAGCCAUAGUGUUAUUCGACCUCGACAAUGUCAAAUUGCGUUCCGAUUUUAUCCAGGCUAUUUUAGGUUUUCGGUGGUCCUAUGAAAGAGGUGAAACAUGAGUGAAUCUCGGAGAAGACGAAACAGUAACGGGACAAAGCAGAGGUUUGGAAAUGGGGCAAGCGAAGGAGAUUCCGCGACUAAAAACAACAGUCACAGGCAUGACAGGCAUGACCCGUUGAUUACGACGAAGCCCCCGUUUUCUUCAACUUCAAGCUCUGUCGCAGGCCAUCAUGCCCCUGGAGGGUUGGCUGUCGGAAGAAAUCCCUCAAAUAAAUCCAGUGAACGCGAGGGAAGCAACUCUGGCAAGUCAGGCAGUUUAGCACCAUCGACUCUGCGAGGGAAAUCUUCCAAUUCAAAGGUGUCCUACACACGUUCCCAGAGCUAUGACAAAGUGCGUCGUAUUGUCAGUGAAGAAGGAAGACAAGCUCGCAAUCUUGUCACAUGGAAUGUUCCAGUGGAUGACAGCGAUGACAGUGACAAUAAUGGUAAACCAGAAAGGCGGAGGAAACCAAAAGCCAGAAGCAGUGCUGUCACUCGGAGUGCCCGCUUGACACCACGGGCCACAACUCCCCGCAAAAAGAAUGUGCCCCACCCUGGAAAUAGUCCCAGGGACCAGCAUCAAGACGGUCAGGGUUCCGAGGCUGCCAAGCCUGAUAGCAAGGGUGCUGCCACUGCUGCUACCAAUACUGCAGUGGCCAAGAAAAUGGAUCUAAGAGCCCGAUAUUGGGCCUUCUUGUUUGAGAAUCUGCAGCGGGCAGUGGAUGAGAUCUAUCAGACAUGUGAAGCAGAUGAGAGUAUCGUAGAAUGCAAGGAAGUCAUCAUGAUACUCAAGCGGGCCACCCAUGACUUUGAAUCUCUCAUCAGACGUAUCAAUGUACAGAAAGACUUUGAGAAAUGUGACAUUGAGAAUAGACCUACAUCUAUUGUGUGGGAGGUUCGGAAGUCAUCCUCACCGGCUAAGCAUAGAACACCCAGCUGGCCACCUGACAGUAGGGCAGCCAGGCCUCGCCGGCCUAAUUCUUUGGCUUGGGAGGUCCGUAAGACUUCCCCUGGGCGGAGUCUUAUCAACAGCCCCACCCCAGAAGGCCGGGACACUCCAAGUCCUGUCAAUCGUAGUCUGAAUUUUAGUGGGCAGGAGGCUACCAAAAACAGAAGCAGUCCUGUGCCCUUAGUGACAGAAGUAGCAGAAACUGCUGUGGUGGCCAGCUGGGCUGAUAGGGUCAAAGGUCACACCGUCAAACCCAUCGCUAGGGUACCAGGAGUGAAACCAUCAGAUGUUAAACUUGGAGACAAGAAAGGACAGGAGAAGGGAAGGAAGCAAAUUGGCAUGCGUGAUACUCAGAUGGUGAAUGGGAAGCUCGCCCCAGCCGAAGAUGAUGGAGAAGGCUGGGAGACGGUGCAGCGGAGUAAACCCAACCGCUCCAGACCGUCCUCAGCUAAGAGCAGGUCUCAUCAUAGCAGCACCAGCAGUAACCACUCAGUCAAGUCUCAAUCUGGUAUCAAUCCCGCGCCUGAUAGCAGCAAGAAUCCUCAGCAGACUAGCACUGGUCAGAAGGAUGCCAAGCAGGAGCGAUCUCGCUGCAGGACUGACAGUGAGAAGGAGAACAGACCGCUAGAGAGUCAUCUGGUCAAUCGAGAGCAGCCCAACACCAAUCAGAAGAUUCAAGGGGAAAGGUCAGAAAAGUCCAAUACUGAACGUCGGAUGGACAAGAAUGAGAAGAUCUCUAAUUGCCCUAUAGACACCCAGAAAUCAGAUGAGGCUAACAUUCAGGAUUUGGAUCCAGCUAUUGUUGCAGUUUGUGCAGGAAUGAGUGGUUACCUACUGCCAUCCAGUGAUCAAGUAGAGAGUAACAAAGAUAACACUGAGGACAAAUUGGCUGCUAAACUGGAUAAGGAUGUCAGUGUUGCCAUUGAUGAAGAGGAAACACUGACGAAUGAGAUUGAAAAGUGUCAGGAUGAGGCCUUGGCAUCGGCCAUUGCCGAGGAAGAGAAACUAACCAAGGAAAUUGAAGAGGAGGAGAGCAAAGAGAUCAUUGUGGAGACAGACGAAGGAGAAAGUGAUCUUGCUCUCAGCACGAACACUCUGAGCUCACUGGACAGCUCACAGCAGACCCUGGACUGGAAUGAAAUGGUGUUAGAUUUUGAGGAGCGACAAGGCCAGCAGUCACCAAUCAGCUGGGGUGAGAUGGUGGAGAUCAGUGAGAUUGAAGGCAGGCCACCGGGCUAUGCACUGCAUAUGCAUGAAAAACUCUCAUCUCCAUCCAGGAAAAGAACAAGAGCCGAGGCCCAGAAGCGCCAUGAAGAGAGACAAGCAAAGGCCCAACAGAAACGAGUCUUACUCCUGGAUGAAAAGGCUAUCAAGCUCAAGAUGCUUCAUGAGAAGAUCCAGGAAGUCAGGGAAUGGAAGGAGGAAUUACUCAUGUUGAAGAAGAAGGAGAUGGAGGAGAAACAGCAACGAGCAGAGCAGAAGAGACACAUGCAGCUGGAAGCAGUCAGAAGGAAAGCACAGGAAGAGGAACAGAAGGCCAAUGAGAUUGCAUUCAUCAAUAGCCUGGAGGCGCAGAAUAAGAAGCAUGACAUCCUUGCACGUCACCAGGGCCAUGAGGCACGUCUACAGGACCUGAUGGAGGAGAGACAAAGGAAGCAUGUGGAGAAGGCAGCCAAAGAAGAAGCAGUCCAGGAGAGGAGGAAAGCUCUGGAGGUGGAGAGGAUGGCUCGUCUUAAGGACAUGCAGAGACAUCGGCAGGACCAAUCAGAUAAGCUCAAUGUACUCAAGGAGCAGAGGGAGAGAGCUAGGGAGUCUGCAGUCAAGGAACGGGCCAAAGAGCGAGAGCAGAGACUAUCUGCACUGAAUGCAGCCCAACAAGCUAAGGAAGAAGAAAUACAGAAAAAGAUACAGCAAAAGCAUGAUGAAACUACCCGUCGUCACAACCAGCAGAUAGAGCAGAAGCGUGAAAAGGCCAUUGAACUGAGCAUGCUCAAACACUACCGCACCACUGACGUAGCCCCUCACCACAACCCCUAUGAAAUCAAGAAGAUGUGUACUCUCUGCAGUGUCUUGAUUCCAUCUGAAGUGUACCUACUGAGUCAUCUACGAGGCAAAAAACAUAAAGAAGCUGUCCUAGACAAAAAUCAAGGGAAGCACAUGACUGAUGAAGAAAUAGAGAGUUACUCUCUAAAGCUAGUUGUGGAGGCCUCGCCGGACCGAGCAGACCCUCAGGAAAUGGCGGAGAAGGAGAGACAGAAGGCAAGCCGCAAGAGAGCACGCAAGCUACGGCAGAGAAUGUCUUCAAAGGGCAAAGAAUAUGAGAACAACCUUCUGUCUAAGACACAGGCUCAUGAAUCUCAGCUCAGGGCCAAGCUCCAGAAGUUGAUCAAAGACUUGAAUAAAUAUCUUCAGUCUCAGGCCUCCAGCGGUCCCUGGGAACAGAGCAAGGUGUCGGCCAUGGACAGGGCCCUCGGGGAACUCAACCGCAUACUGGCCAAAAAGGAGCAAGCUGACCAGGUCACAUUCAGGGCAUGUGGUGGGCUGUCUACACUCGGUCGUAUUCUAAUGCUGAUAGAUUCAGGCAGUAGCACGCAAUCAAACGUCAUCCCUGCCAAAUCAGUGUGCAGUGCAGCCACUGCAUUCAGGCUGACGUGCAAAGGUUGCUUUGACAACUGCCAAUACGCUCUGUACAGCGGCAAACUGGCACCCAUUGUAGAACUACUAGUUCAUCAACUCGGACUGAUGGUGCCAAACUCUGCAGAUCCUUCCCCUAGUCUGUGCCACAGCCUGUCCGAUCCCAUCUCCAGCUGUCUGAUGCAGCUAUUGUCCACAGUCUUACUCUGUCUGGUCAAGUAUCGGCAGCAGAGCACUUCAUCAGAUAGUCGCUCUGGGGCCCAGAAGAAGCAAAUGGAUACCUUUGAUCAGUGUGGACAGGAUCUCAUCAGCUAUUUGGUGUGCUAUGGUGUGAUAGAUAGUCUAACGUCAUGCUUCAACCGUGUGAGGGGAACCGUUGAUGAAAACCCAUCCCUGGCUGAGUUCCUGCAGCAUGGCCUGGGGCUGCUGGGUGCCAUGACCAAGUUUGUCUCCUCUACCUCCAGCAGGUCAGGAUGCAUCUUCUUGAGCAAGAAGGAGGAUCCUACCCAACUUCUGGCUACUUUUAGAGCCACUGGUUUCAGUGGUAUCGUGUCCCUGCUGUAUGGCAUCCUACUUCAUGGAGGUAACCCACCACGAGGCAGUACUACAACACCACCUGAGCUGCCUGAGCAUACACUCAAUGUGGUGACUGCAGGCAUCAAGUUACUCAGUAAUAUCGCUGUGUUGGAUCUUGAAAUGAUGCAGAGUGCUCUAGGAUCUGAAGGCAUCUCACUGGAGUUUCGUCACAUUGCCACCUAUCUGAUAUGGCAUUGUAGUCACUUUGUCAGCUGUGAAGAUCUACUGCAUGAGAUCAUUCUCAUUGUGGGCUACUUCACCAUACUCAACACGGAGAAUCAGGUCCUUGUGCAGUCUGGUAACACGCCUACCCUCCUGCAGCAGCUGUGUGGUCUACCAUUCCAGUAUUUCAGUGAUCCACGUCUGAUGGCUGUACUCUUUCCUACCCUUAUGGCCUGCUGCUUCAAUAAUACUGCGAACAAGAUCAUUUUGGAGCAAGAGAUGAGCUGUUCUCUAUUAUCUUGCUUUCUUGAGGAGAAAAUUCAAGACAAGAAAGUCAAGCAAUCACCCACAUCAACAAAGAGCAGAGGUAAGUCCUAGGAAUGCCUUCCUUCC